AUGGCGUACGGUGGAGACCCUGCCACAAAAACACUGCAUCCUGAGCAAUUCGCGGACGUCAAUACCCAAGGAGGCCAGUAUGGAACCGCUCUCCAAGCUGCGGUACGCGAAGGCGAUGUAACAGCUGUGCAGAUGCUUCUUGAGAAAGGCGCGUACGUCAACUCUCAAGGAGGCCAGUUUGGAACCGCUCUCCAAGCUGCAGCACACGAAGGCGACACAGUGACUGUGCAGAUGCUUCUUGAGAAGGGCGCGGACGUCAAUGCUCAAGGAGGCCUAUAUGGAACCGCUCUCCAAGCUGCGGUAGACAAAGGCGACAUAGCGACGGUGCAGAUCCUUCUUGAGAAGGGUGCGGACAUCAAUGCUGGAGGGGGUCUCUAUGGGACCGCUCUUCAAGCUGCGGCGCGGAGAGAAGACGCAUCCACUGUGCAAAUGCUUCUUGAGAUGGGUGCGGACGUCAAUGCUCAAGGGGGUCUAUAUGGAACCGCUCUUCAAGCUGCGGCGCGGAGAGAAGACGCAUCCACUGUGCAGAUGCUUCUUAAUGGGGGCGCGGACGCCAACGCUCCGGGCGGCUACUAUGGAACUGCUCUCCAGGCUGCGGCAUGGGGAGGGAAUAUAGCGACUGUACGAAUGCUUAUUGAGAAUAGUGCGGACGUUGACGCUCAAGGAGGCGAGUAUGGAACUGCUCUCCAGGCUGCAGCAGCAAUACCAGAUGACUCGGGGGUUCUGCGAGCACUUCUGGAGGAGGGUGCGAACGUAAACGCCCAAGGAGGUUAUUAUGGAAAUGCUCUCCAAGCUGCGGCACGCGAAGGCAAUAAAUUUACUGUGCAGAUGCUUCUUGAGAAGGGUGCGCAUGUGAAGGCUCGAGGGGGCUAUUAUGGCACUCCUCUGCACGCUGCGGCGGCGAAAGGGGACAUGGCGGUUGUGCAACUUCUUCUUGAAAAGCAGCCGGAGAUAAACGUCCAGGGUGGUAGCGCAGGGCGGACACCACUUCACCUCGCGGUCGAAGCCGGUGCUGUGUCCGUUGUGGCUCAACUUCUCAAACAAGGUGCGAUUGCCGAUAUACAUGACCUUGACGAUGUUACUCCACUACAUCUUGCGAUGAAAAAACAUGACUACCAAACGAGCUCUGAUAAUUUCGAUGAUAUCAUGGCAUCGGAAAUUGAUUCUAAGCGACUUUUGUGA